GGGGCACCGGGAAGUGCUGAUUUGGUCCAGGAGGUGUUGGGAAGCACAUUUCCAAUUGCUUUUUAAAGGAUCCUUCCCUCCAAAACCAAACAGACUUUUUUUCCCGCUGGAAAUGUUGAACAUUUUCAGAAGAAGCUUCUUCUUCUGCUGCUGCUGCUGUGCUGGUAGCAAGCGGUGUGUGUGUGCCCGUGUGCCUCUGUCUGUGUAAGAGUGGUGAUUUUUUUUCUUCCCCCUCCGCUGCUGGUAGGGCUGUUAGAGCUGGCUUUGUGGCGUGGUCUGUGUAAGCGUGGAGAGAGGUGGAAGGAGAGGAACGUUGGGGCGCUCCGCGCAAGGCUUCGCUGUCCGCCGCUCUUGGUGCUGAACAUGGGCGCUUUAAGCAGGGCGCUGUCCAUGGUGCCUACCAUCAUCCUAACGCUUGCUCUCUCCGCUUUCCCCGUCUGGGCGCAGAAUGACACGGAACCCAUCGUGCUGGAAGGGAAAUGCUUGGUAGUUUGUGAUUCCAACCCAGCGACCGAUUCUAAGGGAUCUUCUUCUUCUCCUCUGGGGAUCUCUGUACGGGCUGCUAAUUCUAAGGUCGCUUUCUCGGCAGUCAGGAGUACCAACCAUGAGCCUUCGGAGAUGAGCAACAAAACCAGGAUAAUCUAUUUUGAUCAGAUCCUAGUAAAUGUGGGCAAUUUCUUUACAUUGGAGUCUGUGUUUGUAGCACCGAGAAAAGGAAUAUACAGUUUUAAUUUUCAUGUAAUUAAAGUCUACCAGAGCCAAACAAUUCAGGUGAACUUGAUGCUUAACGGGAAGCCAGUCAUUUCAGCUUUUGCUGGGGACAAAGAUGUCACUCGUGAAGCUGCCACAAACGGAGUCCUACUCUACCUAGACAAGGAAGAUAAGGUCUACCUUAAACUGGAGAAAGGUAACCUGGUUGGCGGAUGGCAGUAUUCCACGUUUUCUGGCUUCUUGGUCUUUCCCCUGUAAAAUCAAUUGCCUUGUGACUUUCACCUAGGUGUGGACCAAUCAUUGCUUCUGUUCUCUGAAGACCAUCUUCUCAUCCUCUGGAUUGAUUUUUCUUUCUUGGUUUCUCAUGGGUGAAAUCUGGAUUCUAUCGUAUGGCAUUUUGACCCUCUUUGAAUUUAUCCUGAGAUUUCAACCAAUUUUGUGUGUCUAAAAACGGGACAUUGGAAGCAAGACUUAAAAGCAGACAAUACGUAUCUAUGCUUGAUGUUACAGAAUGAAGCUGCCUGCAAGAUUCAUUCCAAGUUCCUUAACUGGACAUAUUGGAUUUGUGGGAGAAGUCAAUAAUUAUAAUUGCCUCUUCCCUCCCAUCCCCCAGUUCCAUUUUUAAAAGACUGGCAACCAGGUCUAUAAUUUAAGAAUUUCUGGAUCAAAACUUCAAUCAAGAUUAACACAUAGCUGCCAAAGAACUGUUCAUUAAUAUAUGAAUUAUAUCUUUGUUCCCCCUUGUGCUAAAAAUUAACAUAAAUUCAUGCUUCUCGGUUGCAAAGGAAGAGUUACUGAUAAGCAUUUGACUGCAUUAAUUUUCAUGUAUUCUGUUUCUGGAAGAGUCACAAAUAUGUUUUCCUUCAAAUAGUUAAACUCAAAGAGGACUGCCCUGUGAAAAUCUGUAGAUUCAGAGUCGGAUGUUCUCUGAACACUAAAGGAAUUUGUAUACUAUAGAAAGGAUUUUUUUAGUUCCAUGAAGAGUUUAUUAUGCUAAAUAAAAUGCUUACCAGAGUUAGAGAUAAUCAUUUUGGCAAAUCUCUGCAAAACAGCCAUGUCCCCUUUUAAAAAAAAACACACACUUAGACUUUACUUUUAGUUCAAUGAUUGAGAGUAGCUACUUCUUAAAAAAAAUCAGCUGAAUGCAUUCCUUAGAUAUAGCUAAAUUUAUCAGGUGGAGAUGGAAAUCCUUCCCUCUUAUUUUAAAAUGAUAUCUAUUUCUCAAGCCUUCUGUCCUUUUCAAAGUGUUAUCUGGUUUUGCCUUAACUCUGUAAAUGUAUAUAAUGAGGAUAACUCUCAGGGGCAUUGCCUAGGCAAAGUUAAGCCCUGCCCAACGCAAUCCUAGGCAUAUAUACUCAGAAUUAUGUUGCUGAAUUCAAUGGGAGACACUCCCAGGUAUAUGUGUAAAGGAUUGCAGCCUUAAUGUCCCAUUGAUUUCAAGGAGAAAGAUUCUAACAC